UCCCUCCCUCCCUCCCUCCAUAUAUAUAUAUAUUUUGAAGAAUAAGAGACGCCAAAACCUGAGAAGAAAUGGCGACGAUUAACAAUAUGUCGACCAUGUGCAGGGAUCAUCGAAUUUUGUCUUCGUCGAGUAAAUUGAGUGAUGUGUUUAUGUUGGAAUCAAGGCUUAGAAAGAGAUGCUUCUUUGAAAAUUCCAACUUUACAGUUAGAUCCAUGAAAGUCAGGGAGCAGAACCAGACGGCAAACCUGGUCUCUUCUAACGGUCCUUUAACUGCCUCUGACAAGGUGAACUCUCCUUUAGAGCUUCUGACCAACAACCAAACUUUGGUAAAGGAAAAGACAGAUUCAAUCUCUCGAAGGAAGACAAAUAGUUUGUACAAUUGGUCCUUCCACAAGCUCACGUGAAAUGAUAUGGAAACUGGCUGAAGCUGGAAUGAACGUGGCCCGCUUAAAUAUGUCGCAUGGAGACCACGCUUCCCACAAGAUAACUAUUGAUCUUGUUAAAGAGUAUAAUGCACAAUCUGAUGACAACGUCAUUGCCAUAAUGCUAGACACCAAGGUAUAUUGGUUUUUGAAAAU